UGCCCAGUAGCAUCAUCUGAUACGCAGUAAAAUCAGUUUCCACCAGGAGAAGUGUGUCGUUCCUAUAACGAUACUCCUCCACUCGCGUUGCAAACAAGCUUCCCUCGAACGCAGCAGACAAAGGAUUUAUAAUACGAAAAAUCGUAUUUCUCCAUUCUUUCGCGAUUUAAGCGGAAAAUCUCAGAAACGAGGAUUUUUUCCCGAGGUCCAGAACGAAGGUCGGGCGUGAACUCGAUUGUUUUCCUCCUCCUUCGGAGGGCAUCGUCCUCGUCCGUUCGAGAUCCUCCAAUCUUGGAAGGAUGUAAAUGGUAAGGCGAAAGGUGGAGGAUUCGAAGAAGAAGCAGAAGAAGAAGAAGAAGACGAAAAAGAAUAAUAUAAAAGCAUCGAGGAAGAAUUUACAAGACUCGAAGAAUUCGGUUUUGAGGAAACUUGGAUCGAGGCAAGGGUUGAGAAGAUCUCGCGAUAUCUUGGAACCUUGUGUCGUUGUGCUUUUCGUGUCGAUCCACGAUUGCAACCAUGGCGGAGAAGAUGUACUAUUGGGGAGAGCAAAAGGAUCAAGUGGAUCCGGAUCAGACUUUCAUAGAGUUCAAGGCCAAGUCGGUGGGCUCGAGCAGGGGGAGAGAAACGUCUCACGCCGCUGCUAAAACGACGGUGUCCACGUCGCAGGGCAGGGCGACGGAAGUCGGGAAUCGUGAAGAGGACACGGAACGAGGGGGAUGGGAUAACAAGUUGGAUUUCCUGUUCUCGUGUAUCAGCGUCUCGGUGGGGCUUGGAAACGUGUGGAGGUUUCCGUAUUUGUGCUACAAGAACGGGGGAGGCGCUUUCCUCAUCACUUAUGGAAUUGCUAUGGUGUUCUGUGGUAUUCCAAUAUUCUUCCAAGAAGUGGCAAUCGGCCAAUACCUUGGAGCUGGAGGAAUGACUUUGGUGGGGCAAUUGUGUCCACUGUUGCAAGGGGUUGGAUACGCCACUAUGACGAUCGUAUUCUUCCUAGACGUUUAUUACUGCAUCAUCAUCGCCUGGACGCUCUUCUAUCUUAUAACCACUUUCGUCAAUAUACCUAACGUACCUUGGAAGGGUUGCGGAAAUUGGUGGAAUACCGAGGAUUGUUUCGACGGCCUCGAAAAGAUCGAGGAAACGACAGAUCUUGUUAAUUCGAAUAACACGAAUUCCACGUACAACAACAACAACGUCACUCUUCUACUUCAUCACGCUACACCGGUCGAGGAAUAUUGGGAACGACGACUUCUUGGGAUCACUUCCGGUAUAGAGAGCAUCGGAGGGAUCCAAUGGGAACUGUUAGGCUGUCUGGUCAUCGGCUGGCUCCUCGUAUAUUUCAUCAUCCGGCGUGGUCUCCACCAGAGUGGUAAAAUUAUUUGGUUUUCAGCUUUGUUCCCCUACGUGGUGCUUUUUAUUCUUUUGGGAAGAGCGGUGACGUUGGAGGGCAGCUACAACGGCUUGCUGUACUACGUCACGCCGAGGUGGGAGGAAUUAAUGUCGCCUGGCCCAUGGAUCGACGGGGCCACGCAAAUUUUCUUCGCCUACAGCAUCGGGACUGGAGCUCUGCCCGCUCUCGGAUCGUACAACAAGUUCCAUCACAAUUGCUACAAAGACGCAUUGAUCACGUGUGUGGUGAACACGUUAACCUGUUUACUGGCCGGUUGCGUCACUUUCUCCAUCCUGGGCCACAUCGCGUUGGAGCAGGGAACAGAAGUGGCCAAGGUGGUUAAAAGCGGUCCAGGGCUCGUGUUUCUCACUUAUCCAGAGGUGGUCCUCAAGCUUCCCGGCGCCUCCAUGUGGGCCAUCAUCUUCUUCGUGAUGCUCCUCAUACUCGGGAUCGACAGUGAAUUCUGUAUCGUGGAAUCGUUCAUCACAGGGGUUGUCGACAAUUGGCCCGACCUCUUACGCCCCCACAGGAACAAGUUCACCAUUGCCAUUUGCUGUCUCAUGUUCCUUUUGGGCCUUCCCAUGGUGACCAACGGUGGCGUUUACAUAUUCCAAUUAAUGGAUUUCUACUCGGCGAGCGGAAUGUCGAUUCUCUGGGUCUGUUUCUUCCAAACGAUAGCUAUAUCUUGGAUAUUUGGGGCGAAAAAAUUCUGCGAUUGCAUACAUCAGAUGAUGGGUAUACGAUUGAAUAACUUUUGGUAUAUUUGCUGGGUCGUGUUUGCACCAGUGAUCAUGGCUUUCAUCUUCGUGUUCCAAUGCGUUCAAUACAAACCUCUGAGAUAUGGAAACAAUUACGAAUAUCCGACGUGGGCGGAGGUGAUAGGCGUUUGUCUCAGUUUGUCAUCCAUGAUCUGGAUCCCUGUUUACGCUGUAUAUUACGUGGUAGUUACACCAGGAUCCAUAAAAGAGAAUAUUAUGAAAGGUUUGAAACCGAACAUAAAAUCACAUGCAAAAUUACCGAAGGGGGAGAAAUCGGCAGUGAUACCAAUGUCGGAGAGCAGCGCGGGAUUGAUCACGAAGAACAACAGUUUCCUAAGUCAAACAUGAUCGCCGUAAAAAUGGCUUCCUUAUUUCUUAUUAGGUUGUAAUUAAGUUGUAAGUGUAGUAUUUUUAACGAGAUUUAUUAAUCGAAUUUAUCGGACAGAGAAUUGCUCGAUUCAUUUGGAAUUCGUCGAAUUCGUUUCUUCGGUUUUCGAUAAAAUUAAAAUUCAAAGAAAAUCGAAUCAAUUUCUUCGAAGCAAAAAAAUAUAUUUCAACCGUAAAACUUCUUUUUGAUCGACGAUACUUUCGAGAUGAAUCAAAAUAAAGAAGAAGAAAAAAAUAACAAGUUGUAUGAAUAUAUAACGAAAUUCGAGCAAUUACUGUGCGAAUAAAAAAAUACCAAAUACUCGUUCCUUCUAUAUUAAACGAUGGUACCACGUGAAAAAAGAGUAAGUAUUAUCUAUUUAUCGUUAGAGAAAGAUGACGAAGAAGAUAAUAGAAGACACCGCUAGUUCUCGGGUAACUAAACAAAAGAUACAAGUGACUCGAAGAGGUCUAUAUUUUUUAUCGCGAUGUUUCUCUAUGCACGAAAAAGAUACGACCCAAUUUUUACCGAUAUUUUUAUUAUUCGACCAAUGCCUACUUUUCGAGAAGCAGAAAUUUUUUAAAAAAAAAACGAUGUACGUAGUUAGUUCGAUUACUAGCCGGUUAAAUUACAGAUAAUGAGAAUCGUGCCUCGACAUUGACACUCUUGUUAAAAAAUUUUUCUUCCUUUUUUCUUCCUUUUAAAACGAAUAAUAUUACUUUUUAAAUAUUAUUAAUUAAGCUAAGUUACAUGUAGUCUUAUCAUAACAUAGUUGACAUUUAAUAAUUUUUAAUAUUACGUAUUAAAAAGAAAGAAAGGAAAUAAGUUUUGUAUAUAAUCAGUUGGAAAAAUUUUUUCGCGUCAAAUCGAGUCGAGGAUAGAAGUGUGCCUCGCAGAAAUUCGUUGGUACCACAAUUACCGGGAAUCAUUGCGUAAGAAACGAAUAAACGUUCAGCAGGAUUAGACUAAAAAUUCAUUUUUAGAAAAUUUAUUAACAAUUCGUUCGUUGGACGAAUUUAAAACGGAAAAAAAAAAAAAAAAAGAUCAAAUAAAUGAUUCCUUUCGAUCGCAGUGAUUCCACGCGAAGGAUCGUAAAUCCAGGAAUAUAGAUGUAAGAUAAGAAUAUAAUAUAAACAUUAGUUUUAUGAAAGAAUUAUAUCUAGUGAAUAUAUCUACGAUUUUAAGAUUGCUAAAAAGGAUUAUUAAUUCAAAAUAUUGUUCGACGUACUGUUAUUUGCAUUAAUAAUAUUAUUAAUUCAAACGACCAAUUAAUAGUAUAUUUAAAGAGAAAAAAAUAUUGUUGGAACGAGAAGUGACGCUCGACAAAACUCGAUUUAUAAAUAAUUGAUGGACACGAGCAAUAAAUUUGGAAACGGGCCUAAGUAAUAAUUCUGUCUGUGUUUAAACCAUCGUCUUCUGACCAUGCUCUGUUUAACACAUUCAAUGCCGGCAAUGAAAAAAUAUAUGUCGUAAAAAGAAUUUGUUUUAAGCUGUGGUAGAUCAUCAUGUGCAUCUACGUACCGUAAAAAAUAUCCUAUUAUAUAGUGGAUGACGUGGAUGUACGCGUCACAAAGAAUAUCCUAUCCUGUGGCAGAUCAUGUAAGGGUACGCGUCACGAAAAAUAUUUUACGUGGCAGAUGACGCGAACAUACUCGUCACAAAGAAUGUCCUAUCCUGUAGCAGACGAUAUAAGGAUGCGCGUCACGAAAAAUAUUUUAUGUGGCGGAUGACGCGAACAUACUCGUCACAAAGAAUGUCCUAUCCUGUAGCAGACGAUAUAAGGGUACGCGUCACAAAGAAUGUUCUAUCCUGUAGCAGACGAUGUAAGAGUACGCGUCACAAAGAAUGUUCUAUCCUGUGGCAGACAAUGUAAGGGUACGCGUCAUAAAAAAUAUUUUACGUGACAGAUGACGCGAAUGUACGCGUCACAAAGAAUGUUCUAUCCUGUGGCAGAUAAUGUAAGAAUGCGCGUCACAAAAAAUAUUUUACGUGGCGGAUGACGCAAAUGUCACAAAGAAUGUCUUAUCCUGUAGCAAACGAUGUAAGAGUACGCGUCACAAAAAAUAUUUUACGUGGCAGAUGACGCGAAUGUACGCGUCACAAAGAAUGUUCUAUCCUGUGGCAGACGAUGUAAGAGUACGCGUCACAAAGAAUGUUCUAUCUUGUAGCAGACGAUGUAAGAGUACGCGUCACAAAGAAUGUUCUAUCCUGUGGCAGACGAUGUAAGGGUACGCGUCACAAAAAAUAUUUUAUGUGGCGGAUGACGCGAAUAUCACAAAAAAUGUCUUACCCUGUAGCAGAUAAUGUAAGAAUGCGCGUCACAAAAAAUAUUUUACGUGGCGGAUGAUGCGAAUGUACGCGUCACAAAAAAUGUUCUAUCCUGUGGUAGACGAUGUAAGGAUGCGCUAUAAAGUUUUUCGAGAAAUAUGAAAGAUAAAAAAGAGUUUUCUGGUUUUCUUUUCGUUCCCUCGUUGCUUUUGUAUUUUUUUUCACAAUUAUUGUUUUUAUAUAUUCGAAUAUUUGAUUUUUGAUGGCGCAUUGAAUGCGUUAAACGAGUAUUUCGACAAUUGUUGAUGUUGCGCGUACAUUUACACGUCUAUUUGUUUUCAUUCAAUAUCAACGCAUUGUUAUACCCGCGAAUAAUUUUUUAAUCGAGCUAAGCGUAAUAUUUAUCACGAUGGACGUUUCUUUCUUAUCGUUUAGUUUCGAACAAGGAGAAGAUCGAAUGCGCGAAUUUUAUUGUAAUUUUUAUUGUAAUGGCACGGAAGAGUUGAAGAACGAAACGAGAUUCGAAGAUGUAUGAUGCGUUUAUUAUGGUUGUACGAAAAUAUAUAAGAGGAUAUUCUUUCGAUGGCCUUUCGACUUGUGAUCCCAAAAAUAUCGAACGAGAAAGAUCUCAUCGCCAUCCUUAAACGCGAUCGACUUUCUUUACUUUAAUUUUAAAUUUCCGUAUAUUUUAUCUUUCUCUACUUUUCACGCUGCGAUUUAAA